CCUCUCCAACUUUAGAUCGGUUUACGUCUAACUACACUAACACUAAGCCGAAAGUCAAUUCAUGCGACGCAAUCGAAUCAGAUUCCCUCCGCAUUCCAAUUUGGAUUAAGCAACCCAGCCAAGGCCACCGCACACCUCUUUCGCUGCAUGCACCUCUAAACCGGGCGACCGCGGCUCCGGUCUGAAACAACCUGUCAGAAAAAAGAAGAAUAAUAAAAAAAUAGGAGAGAGCCGACCGGAAUAUGGAAACGAGAUGAGGUCGACAUUCGAUCGCAUCCACGCGCACACACACACGGGAAACACAUAUACCACUACUAGGUAUUGUACUACCGUGGGUAACAAAGUAAUUCCCCAUUAUUUUAUUUACCUAUACAUUUCUGAAUCGGGAUAAGCGCCAAAUCGAUCGGGGAUGGCUCCCAGCAACAGCCUUGCACCACCGCCCAUAUCUAUCACUCCCAUUAUCAAGACUCCCGACGACGAUCUUGACCGCGACGACGAUAGUCCUCAGGUGGACUUGGAUUACGCCUUGUACGAGCGUAGGAGCUUACUACUUACGCCCGACCGCGAUACUUUUUACGAUCCCAAUCGCUUAUCGCCUGUAGCUCCCACUUUCCAAGUCAACGACUUCUCCAGUAGUCCUCCCAACAUGACGUCCAGCUCGGGAGGUCCCAACGAAAACGCUUCGCCAAUUGAUAUCCCCGGUUCCUCCAAUGCCGUCCCGAAUCCGUUCAACUUCCAAACCCAGGUCAUCUCCACCUCCCCCGUCAAGCCGAAUGUUGGCCAGCGCCGUGGCCACAAGUACAAGCACUCGAGCAUCAGCGCCCAGCACCAGAUCUUCCAAGAGCCGCCGCCACGUCCACCGCUUGCUCUACCGCGCGAUCUACCUAUACCCACUGUAAAAGAGGCUUGGAAGUCUAUGUCCAAGGACCAGCGCCGCCGGCUUUAUUGGUGCAUAUGCCACGGCGUCAUCGCCAUAUCCGUUUUCCUCUCCGCCCACGGCUCCCUCGCCAUGACAGCCCUCUCCCACCUAGUAUUAUUCGACGUCGGGUCAGCCCUGAUCUGCGUGGCCGUCGAGGUCCUGGGUAACUUCGAAGUGUGGAAACGGAGCAGCAUCCGGCACCCCUUCGGACUGGAGCGCGCCGAGGUGCUCGCCGGCUUUGCUCUAAGCAUCUUCCUUAUCUUCGGCGGGUUUGACCUAGUUAGUCAUAAUCUGAAGCACGUCCUCGAGGGCAAAGGCGGGCACUCGUCGCACCACCCCGAUCCCCAUGAGGGACUGGCCCCCAGAGUCCCACUCGGAGACGUUGAUAUGGCAAGUCUGGCCGCCAUUAUCGCAACCCUUGUGAGCGCGUACGGACUAAGAAACCACGCUCGCAUUAGCAAGGUCAUGCGUGUGAGCUACCUUGCUAGCCUACCCAGCGUCCUCUCGAACCCCUUCCACUUCUUAACGCUCUCCACGUCCGCCCUCAUGGUCGUGCUCCCCCUCCUAUUCAUUCCUAUCGGCGUCCUUCUCGACAGCACUAUCUGCGCCCUAGUAGCUAUAGCUAUGUUCGCGCUCGGCCUUCGUCUCGCCAUAGCCCAGGGCCUAAUGCUACUGAUGAGUUACGGUGGACGCUCCGGGUCCGGCCGGAACAAGGACGUUGGCGUCGCGGACGUGGUGCGCGAGAUCGAGGCCGAGCCGAGCGUUGAACGGGUCGAGGAGGCACAGUUCUGGCAGGUGCACUAUGGUCUCUGCAUGGCGAACCUCAAGCUCUCGGUUAGCAGGGGCGCCGACGACGCGGCCAUAAGCCGCCUUCGCGCUCGUGUGUCGAGUCUGAUUCAGAAUCGUCUGGGCGAGGGGUACGGCAAGGGCGGCAGCUUGAGAUGGGAGGUCAGUCUGCAGAUGGGCACAGCAGGGACGUACUAGCCCGGUAGUAGGUAGUGAGUGUUGCUUUUUCACGCGUAUAUGGCUUUCUCUCUUGAGCUCGGAAUAAAAAAAAACUUAGUAAUGGGGGUGUAUACAUACAUACACGCACGCAUCAUACAUACAAUACAUAAUGAGGGCGGUGUUGGUGUUGGCGUUGGCGUUGUCGUUGUUAGACCUAGAUAGGCACACAAAAACCAGACUAGAGUAGAGUGUAUGAGGCGAGGCGAGGGGGGGUUAGCGGACGGCGCAUACGUCUCGAUACUUUUCGCUGUAUAUAGUUACUUUUGGCGGCGAGGCUUUGUACAUAUAUACAUACCUGUUUUUAUGGCAGCCCGUGGGCUUGCAAGGGGGCGCAGAAAAUGAAAUAAAAUAAUAGUUAAAGGAACGGAACGGAACGAUGUUUACUUGUGCUUUAAGGGUAUAUAUAGGAGCUUAUGGUGUGUUAGGUAGGUAGGUAGUGAUGGUGAGAAGUGUAGUUGAGAGAUGCCAUCCAUAAGUGCGCUAUAACAAAAGGACACCCGAGGAUAUGGAAAUACUGUUCUCCCCCUCGGUCUAGUAUAGAGGCAAUCAUGUAAAGCGUAUAAUUUCCUGGGCUAGGUUGACGUGUCCAUCAGAUAUAUCGAACACUACUACCUAUGAGGGAUAGGUCAAAUAUAG